AUGAAUACUACUAAUGUAGAAGACAACGACGUAAAUGAGACUGGAACGACUAGUGAAUGUCCCUCGUCCGGCAGGUGUCCUGUGGAUCAGCAGCACAGGCCCAGUCGUCAUGCUACUGCUGAAGCUAUAAGAUUGGUAUGGACGAAAGAAAUCAAUGUUUUAAUAAUGGAGUGCUUUUAUUUAGGUAAGCCGUUUAGCGAAAAUGGAAAACCUCAACGAGGAUACCGACAGCGAAUGCAUAGGAUCUGGAAUGAGAGAGGAGUGUUUCCUGCAAAAGAACAAAGAAUUUGUGAUCAAGCUAGAGCAAUAAGGAAGAACGGUUGGUUAACAGACAUUGAACUGGAGAGUAUAAAACAAAGAGUAUUAAGUGAGGAAAUAAAUCAUGGAGAAAGUGACUUGGAAAGAGAAGAAGUGGGAUGUGAUUUGACCAUGAAUGGAGAAAUGAGAAAUGAAAAUCACAGGACGAAAAUUGAUAUUUAA